GUUGAUGCGGUGAGCGCUAUCAAGACACGAAACUACAAGUCCCGAGAUGCACCGCGGCGGAGAGCGGCGGAAGAGGGCGGAGUCGCUAUCGGCUUUCUGACAGACACUUUCAGGAAGUACUCGAGGAGGAUCCUGCGACCCCCGUCGUCCUCACAUGUGCGGGUUCAGACGCUGAAAUCAGCUUCCGGCAGACGCUUGUGGCCGCUGAGCGAGAGCACAAUAGAGCAAAACACACAGGAAGAGAGAGAAGAAAGUCAGACGGGGGAAGUUGCUGCAGAAGGAGCAUGACAGAGUUCUGGGUGUGUUUCAGCUGCUGCGUCGCUGAACAGCCGCAACCCAAGCGGAGGCGGAGGAUAGAUCGCACUAUGAUCGGAGAACCCACAAACUUUGUUCAUAUGACACACGUGGGCUCUGGAGACAUGGGAAUGGGUCUGGGAGCUGUGGACUCGGUGCAGGCGCAGAUGAAAUCCAAAGGCGGUUACGGGAACGGCACAACGGAGAGCGUUCAAGGCUGAUCAGCCGCUGGCGCGAGUCCAUCGGAAGCGCAGACACUGGAGCGAGCGAUCACGUCACCGCCGACCCGACGGUUGUAGAUAUUUUUGUAAUGAAAGCACUGCUAUUCUUUUACUGCUUUAUCGAUUGUCCUGUACAAAACGUCCUUUAACGGUAGAGAUUGAUCAGAAUGCCUGGUAAAUACAUGAUUGUUUAUGUGACGAUCAAUGUUCUGAUGUGGUUUUUCCCAUGGAUCUGUAUUUAUUUCAUGGUUUAAUGGUGGCUGGGCCACAUGAGAUACACAUUCACAAAUUCAGAUGCUUCAGAGCUGUUAUCAGGUCUGUAAUAACUGCUUUUUGUUAUGUUUUGUACGUUUUCAAUAUUCCCUGGACAAUUAAACAUCUUUUUUUGUUUUAUCUUUUAAAUGUGCUGUGUUUGCGGUAAACUUGAAAUGUGCAUCUCACUGUAAUAUUUGUGCAAUGCUCGUACGAGAUGCACUGACAGAAAAGUAUUUUUGUACAAAUCAUGUUCAUUUUCAGUCUGAUACCUAAAUAAAAUUUCAACCUUGUAACACA